GCGGCACGGAGACUAAGCGACGUCAACACACCUGCCAGGCCGUCCAGCUGUCAAGAUCGUGAUUAUUACUGAAGAGAAAUACCAUAACGCCAUUAAAAACUCAAGUGCCAGUAACCAGAAGAGAAGAUCAAGAGGAGGAGGACCCACGAGGCUAUACAAAGGGACAAAAAGGAUAAAAGAAGAACAAGAAAAAGGAAAAGGAUCGUCACACACUGCUGGUUAAGGCUGUUUCCAGGAGUUAAUACCCGUCUAAAUACAGUCCUUCAGGAGUUAAUACCCAUCUAAAUACAGUCCUUCAGGAGUUAAUACCCAUCUAAAUACAGUCCUUCAGACCCAGCGAGGAUGGCAGGGGAAGAGCAGGUGUACCUCAGCGUGGUGCGGCAGGACAUACUCAAGUAUGACAUGAUGGUGAAGAGCCUCGUCCAGGAGAUCCGUGAGCUUGAUGGGUCCCAGGCUGACCUGGAUGACAUUGGUUCGCUGGUUCGAUCACGCAUUGCACAGCUUCGGGAGCAGAUUGAGGAGCUGAAGAGACUGGCUCAGGAGGAAGACAACGAGGACGAGCGCUGUCAGCUGGCCGAGGAGGCGGCAAGAAGCGAGAAAAUGCUGCAGGACGACCACCGAGCCUUCCGCAACGCUCUCCUGGCGGCACAGCUCACCAUCAACCAGAGGAGCAAGGAUGAGCUGCUGAGCAAACAGCCUGCUGAGGGCGAGGGCGAGGGCAGCGUGCGGCAGAGGCGGACGCGGGAGCUGCUGCUGAGGGACUCCUCGAGGCUCAGCGAGGACUUGCUCACCGUCACCAGGCUCAUCCAGGACAACGUGCAGAAGAGUGCACACACGGUGGACACCCUGGUGGAGGGAUCGCAGAGCUUGACCAGCACCCACGAGGAGCUCAAGACCAUGGGCUCCGUCAUCAGCCAGGCCCGGAAGAUUCUCAACAAGUACGGUCGACGGGAGAACACCGACAAGCUGCUGAUCUUCCUGGGCCUGGUGUUCUUCCUGGCCUCAUGCCUGGUGGUGGUGAGGAACAGGUUCAUCUUCUGAGGUGCCCGGGGCUGCCAGGAACAGUGUUUGGGGGGUAAGAAAAUGCACUCAAAGUUUGGUACAUCUAAUUCCUUCAGUUCUUUGUAUUCAUAAAAUAAAAACUUAAAAAUAAGUAAAAAAAUGUGUAAUUUAAAUUGCAAGUGCUGAAGCUUACUUUAAUGCUUCAGGCAGAGUUAAAACACUACUGAAAGUCUCCUGAAUACCAGUCACCAUCUCUCACAUGACAUCUAAAUUAUCUACAUUAUUUAUUCUGAACUUGAACAACCUUACAGCUAAGAAGAAAGCUUUGAUGCUCACAAUUUCUAAAAGUACCUUAAUCACACUAAAGAGCUCAGGAGUGGCCGGGCAGUAGUUUGGGAUAGUUUAUGGCCAGGGAGAGGAAGGAGUCAGCCUGAUCCCUUGUAUUCAGCUAGCAGGUACAAUACUGAGCUUUCAGAUUUGUUUCCUUUAUAAAACAGGGCAGGUAUGCCGUGCAGGGUGAAAAAUGGAGGUGAUGAGCCUCAAGAAAAGUUUAAAAUCCAAACUGCUAGAGUGUGUCGAGUAGGCACAGCCGGCCUCCUCCACCCCAGCCCUUGUCUGUGGCCACCCUCCUCGGGAGGACAACACCCACACUCACUAAAUGCAAGAACCUUAAAAUAGCACAGUUAAUUCAUCUAUACAUACAGUUGAAUACACACACACGCACACAGAUACACCUUUCAUGUAUUAAUCACUAGUUGAACUAGUCAGGUUGCCUAACACAGAUGAGGAAGAGGAUUGUGUAAUAAAAUAUACAUGUAUGAGUUGCACUCUACAGGUUGUGUUUGAAGACAGGUGGGCAGGUACUCAAUUGUACUAUUACAGUUUCUUGCGAGAUCGUGUUGCUCUUGUAGGCCUGGAAAGAAAGGGCAAAGGAUUACACUGGAGAAGAUCAAAUAUAUAAAUUUAUAAUAA